AUUUAGUCAUAACUACAAGCACGUAAGCAUUAUUUAAGACUUAGAAACUUGAAACAUAAUCAUUUAAAUAUUCAUAUGUUUUAAAUUUUUAAAAUUAAAAUACAUAUUUAUAUAACCAAAAACAAUACAAGUUCCUUUUUAGUGUGCAAGAAUGAUGAAGAGUUCUUAUUGGUCAGAAUUUUAAGCACAUGGAUCACCUCUUUAUCCGUUGGAUGAGAUUAAAUCCGACGGUUCAGGUCUGUUCUUUUUCAGAUUUGUAGAUCUUUCAUCUUCUCUUUCUAAAAAAUUAUCAAUCUCUCUUCUAUCUUCUCCUUCCUUUCGACCAUCUCUGUUUCUAUUCAAUUCUUUUUUUAUUUGGUUUUAAGAUUGAUAAAGUUCAUGUGUUGGCUUCUCAUUUUCUAAUUGUGUUUGUGUUGGAUUCUUUUGUAGGGAAAGGAAGCCAACGAAAUCAACAACAUCUUGCGACGGAGCCCGAGAUCUGAAGAAGCCGUGGUGUGGAGAUGGCAGAAGAAGCUACAGGUGGUGGUGGAGGUGGAACCCAGAAAGAAGAAGAAGAAGAUAGGCGGAGAAGGAGAGAAGACAGAGACGUGAGGAGGGCUUCGUUGACACACCGGAUCUGAAGUAGUUCCAUGGAGAUGGCAGAGAAAGCUAGUCGUGGUGGUGGAGGAGAAGGAGAGAAGACCGAGACGCGAGAGCUUGGUCGACACAGCAAUGGAGGAGGACGGCGACGACAAAUGGAGGAGGAGGACGACGGGAUGUAUACGGCGUUGUGGGGGACAGUUCAUGGAGGCGUAGACUAGGUUUUUCUUUUAGGUUUAGCUUUUAUUUUGUUAAAAAAAAUUGGUUAAGUUUGCUUUAUUUGGUGUACCGGUCUUUAACUUUGUAACCAAUUUCGAUUUAUAAAUAUCUUUUAAAAUUUUUUUAUUUUUAUUUUUAUUUUUAGUAAGAUAAAUAAUAACAAUAAAAAAACGUUAUAAUAAAAUAUUUAAUUGCUUGCAAUAAAACGUUAUUGUUUGUCGCAAUAUGAUAGCAAUGCAAAAAACUGCUAUCUAAUGUACUUGACCUAUUAUGACGGGCGAUGAUACAGCGCUUCUAAAACCGCUAUCGUAUCGUUAGAUAGCGUUUUCCGUCCGCUAAUAAAACCCAUUUUUCUUGUAGUGAAUGGGUUUGAUUGAAAAUCAAAAAAAUUGUGAAAUUAUCUCUGGUUUAUCAGGUGCACGGAAGCUUGAUCAUGGAGUUUAUUGCAAAUGGUGGGUUAGUCCCGCUAUAAGCAAGGCCAUGGAUGGUUAAAUCCUCAACUCUGAUUAAUGGAGCUCUCUCAGUGCAUUGUUCAGGAAUUAAGAUUUUUUCUGCAAAUAUACUUUUGCAGUUUUGCCCAAAACGUUUAAGGAUUUUUCAGGUAUAUUAAUGUUGUUCUUUGAUUGUAGGAUGUUUCUCUCAGUGCUCCUUUCUUACAACUUCCUUAUUUAAAUAAAUUUAAUGCUAAAAGGAUAGGGUUGCAGGUUGGAUUAUUUUGAGAGUUUCAAGAGGUGCACCUGGAAGAACAUUCUUAACCACUCACGGAGGUUGCUGGUUUGAUGGAGAGCGAUGUUGUGGACAUCGAGAAUGAUACCUCUCUGAAUGUAGAAGUCACUUGCAAAACAAAAGGUGAAGAAGUUUUCGAGAAAGCAACUUUACGACAGUGACCACUCUGAAACGCCUCACUGGAAUAUUAGGCGGUAUUCUUCAUUCGGCUUACUUCCCUUUCCGCAAAGAGAAAAGCUUAUGGGUUCUUCUUGCGGAUUCAAACAAUAUCUGUUUCUUCCCGAAGGUUGCUUUCAUGGACAGAGUUGAAGCUAUAAGCAUUGCUUCGAGUGCUAUUAUUUAGACAGUGAAUACUUUAGGAGAAAGCAUCGAGACAAAUCAUAAUGCAGUUAGAGAAGUUCCGACUCUGUGAGAAGAUUAAAAGUGGGUCUAGAUUGGUUUUGCAGCCACUUUCCGAGGUAGGUGGAAUGAUACUGAGACAAAAACGUCAAUACUCUUGCUAACCACUCUAAAUUCAAACAAAUACUUGGAGGUACGUCUCUUUCCAUUUUUAUGUUUCAUAUAGUAAUUGUAGUUAUUCAUAGACUUGAAAAGUUACACAUUUAAAGACUUCUCUACGGAUGUGUAUCAUUACUAAUACCAUUCCAUCUAUACUUUCAGGUGUUGUAACCCUUAGCUUCACAGAUUCCCCACGACUCUUCUUUGAUUCCGACGGCAGUGUGACCGAAAAAUAUCUAUCAAGGUAAUCGUGAAUAAAUCUUCCCUUCUCACCAAAAAAAAAUCCUCAGAGUGUCCACGAUAUAUGCUUCAUACUCCACCACUAUUCAUUAGUUUUGGUCAGCAUGUUUCUCCACCGUCACACCAGUUAUAAGUACUAAAAUAUGAAUGCCAAACCAUGUCGUCGUCCACCGCUCUCGAAAUUAAUUCUAUAUAAACACAUUUCAUAUUCAACCAUGUUCGAGCUAGGUUUGGAGCAAAUGGAGAUACCACACCAGCUAUCAAAAGCUCCUCCGCAGCUAUCAAUAGCUUCCACGUAAGUGUUUUCAAACAGUUCUGUUAGCAUCAUCUAUGAAUCUACAGCUCCCCUUUAUGUCUUAUAUAUAUUAUUCGCAAGUCAUGCGACUAAUCGUGUGCUAUAUAUAUAUAUAGAUAUUGGUUUGAGGUUAAAGUAUGUGAUGACGGUGGUGGUGAGGCAACCUUUGUCAUCUUUAAGCAGCACUGAAACUGGUUGGUGGACAAGCGCCAUUGGUCAUGAACGAGAUGAGAGAGAUACUUAUAAUCAAUAAGUGUAACACUAGAUAUCUAUAAGUCUCCUGAGAGUGCUCCCAACGAAGAAGCAGCCAUAACAACACCACAGUGUUUCCAAGACAUAGUUGGACGCCUAUGCAACUUCAAGUCAAGCUCACGGAUUUUAAUUUCAAGUUAACUCGCAAGAUAGUCAGGGUCUUCUGUAUUAUGAUGAUACCAUUUAAAAGGGUUCCACCAACCUUACAAACCAAUGAUGCGGUAGACAGAUUUAAGUUUUUGUUUCUGAUUUCUACGAUAGCUAACCCCUUCCAGUUUAUGUUUUUAAUUCUGAUUUCGAACACCCAAGUACUAUUGGUAUCUAUUUCUUAGUUGCACCACCAAGUCAGUAAACUUAUUAAAGAAUUUAUGAAUUGUCUUCCUUUUUUUUUGAGCAACUUAUGAAUUGUCUUCCAUUUUUCAUUUUUAAGAUCAAAUCUAUAAACAAAACAUUUAAUAAUUUAUCAUUUAUUUAAAUCGAUAAGUCAUUGUCAAUCCAACAGUACAUCAGUCUCUCAACAAAUAAUAAUUUACUGAAAUACAUAAUAUAAUUUAAAAUCUAAGAACUUCGAAAAAGAAUAAUAAAAUUUCAAUAAUAUCCACAUUUCAUCAGCCACAACCAAAAACUAACAUAUAAUAGAUUUUUUAAUAAUAAUUUUGAAAAGUAAAAAUAAAAAUAGAAAAAAUCGUAAAAUUAAAAUUUAGUUAAAAUACAUAACAUAAAAUGAAAAAGGUGAAUUUUUUUUUGGGAUUAAGGUGGUCUUUUUUUGUAAAAAAAAUAAUAAUGAGAAAUUGGUUGAAAUACCAUAAAUUGGCUACCAUCUUUAAAAAAAAAUCUUCAAUCAAAAAUAUCAUAACAUUUAGGUUUAGUAUUUAGUGAUUUGACUAAAGUUUUGUAUAUAAAGGGGGUUUAGGUUUAUAAACUCACCAGAUCGCAAGGCUCCAAGACCCCCGGAGUUCGGCCCUUCUAGAAUGCAUUGAAAAUUUUGUCGGCCGCACCUUCACCUUCCAGUUGAAGCUUUCCAGAUUCAACUUCUCAUCUAAACAGCAGAGUUCAUUUAUGAUUCUCACUAGCGCCCAGCCCAACCAAAUUUUGAGAACCAAGUCAUUACAUUAACUUCUUUAUGCUCUGUCGGGAAACUACGAAAGUUUUUGAUCAUUGUUUAAUAUUGUUAAUGCACUAAGGUGGCAAUGACAACCCGGUGAUUACAUGCCUGGUGGUGGAGCUGUGAAAAGAAGUUAUCCAUGUGAGAACAUGACGGACUCGGACAUUAGAGGAAGCACUGCUGAUGGGAAUGGUGAUGGGCAAACAGCUGCUCCAAGUGAUCUAAAUUAGUCACAUGUAACUGGCAAGAAUACAUGAGAGGAUGCAGCAGUUCUGGAGGAAGAGCGCUCCACAUAGAAACAAUGAGAUUAUUAACAAGUUUGAAGACUCAUCGACAACGAAAACGCGCCCACAUGAACAUUGCAUUGAAGACUUUCUUUAAAAAAAAUUCACUUUCUAUGAACUAAGAGAUUUUUCUUAAACCAUGUCACUGCUUUUAAUAAGUUUGUCCAGCUAAUCUAUUACUACACUGUUUAUCAAUGUCUAGAAAUAUUUUUUUAUUAUAAAGAAUCAGCUACAUCAUAUAAAGCAACAGCUUAAAUAAAAAUGUAUAAGUUGAUAAAAAAAAUUUUGUAUAAAAUAAAAGGUAAAACAAACAUAUAAAAGGAAAAACAAUAUAUGCUAACACAAUCUACCACAAUAAUUAUUUUUUAAAAUAUUAUUUUUAUUAUCAUAGUCAAAUUAGAAAAACAUUUUUAAAAAUUAAAAUAAAUUAAAAUUUCAAAAUUUUGUUAAACUUUAAAUAAUAUUUAUAUUAUUUGCUCAUUUUCUCACCCGCCCAUUUGCUUAUUUAAAAUAUUAACUUUACUUAAUUUAUAUUUAAAUUUCAACUAAAUUAACUUUUUUACAACUAUCGGCUUUUAUUCUACUUUUAUUGAAUCGAUUAGUGACUACCACUUAUGCUAUUCCACUUUGAACUAAGCAACUUCAAAAUAAAUUAAUACUCUAUAGUCGUUAACCAAUGGAUCGGAAAAAUAUCACUCUUUUGCAAUAUUUUCAUUUUCAUAUUUUUGAACAUUUAUUAAGACCAUAAAAUAAAUUGUAAAUUAAAGUAAAAAUAAAAUAAACAAAUCCGGCGCGCAGCGCCGGAAUACUACUAGUAAGAUAUAUAAGAAUGCAAAUCUGAAAAUCAAUUUAGAUUUUGAGGAAUAACCAAAAAAAAAGGAAAUAAGAAACUGAAAAGGAAAUUAAACAUGAUAAUUUAGUUUAAAAAACUAAACACGAUAAACAACAAAAACAAAAGGAAAGAGUGAAAACCCAAAGCGAAUAGUGAACAACGUACUCAAGUAGCUUCAUAUAUAUAAGAACGCUAGAGACUCCUCUAGCUAUCAUUGAUUCGAUUACUUGUUUCUCAGACCAAAAACAAAACACAAUAGAGUCAAGAACCCUAGUUACAGAGAAUGACUAAGAUGGUGAUGAUUAGAGAAGACAACAACAACAUCAGCAAAGCUCCGAAUGUUGUUGGCCAAUCUUCUUCAGUACUAGAGUUUGUCUGUGUACUUGGCCGAGGUAGUUUUGGUUCGGUCACUCUCAUAAGAGACUCCAAACACCGGUUACACGCUGAGAAAUCAUCUCCGAUAGCUUACAUGGAGAGUCUCAAGAAAGAGCAUAGGAUCAUGCUUCGUUUCCGUAACCAUCCACGCAUCGUCCAAACCACAAACCCUAAUCUUCACAUAGGUAUCAACCUCGACCAUUGUUACAUGUACAUGGAGUUUGCCUCCAAAGGUACUCUCCACAACUUCAUCACCCACUUCUCUGGCCAACCAAUGCCUGAGGUUAUGAUCGGACGCGCUGCUCUCAUGAUCCUUCAAGGACUCGAGGCUCUUCACUCUCACGGCUACGUUCACUGCGACCUCAAGCCGGCUAACGUUCUCCUCUUUCCUUCCAAGAUUGUCGGAGAGCCGUGGGAUCUCAAGCUUGCUGACUUCGGUCUAUCUAAGGAGCCUUCUUGUACGAAUCCAAGGUCCUCCUUGUCUGGCGGUACAAAGGAGUACAUGCCCCCUGAGUCUUUGGGACCCAACCGAGUGAAGAUGAUUGGACCGGCUGUUGACAUGUGGGCUCUAGGGUGUGUUGUGCUUCAGAUGUAUGGAGGCCGUCCAGUGAAGAUGGGAGAAUGUUGUUACAAGUGGAGGCUUCCGAGACUAGUAUCUCCGCUGGCCAACGACUUCUUGAGGCGGUGCAUGGCGUUGCAGCCCUCACGCAGAGCCACCGCAGCGGAUCUGUUGAAACAUCCUUUUGUUUGCACCAAGGCUACAUCAUAUGCUUCAGUACUGUCCUCCUCCUCCUGUCAUAAGACACAAUAAUGUUUAUGAGAGAAUAUUGUGGUAAAAGACAAGGAGGAGACCGAUGAUGAUGGAUCCAAGAUCUAGCUAGAGAUUCGAUCUGCUGAGUUCUCAACCGUUAGGUCUCGGUUGUUAAAUAAAGUUGUCUUUAAUUUUAUUCAGUUGAGUUUGAGUCUUGAUUUGAUUGUUGUUGCACAGUUAAGAACAGUAUAAUUCAUGUUUUGGUACUUGACUUAAUAUUCUUAUAAUGUAUCUUUGUCUUUGCCUGAUGAUUGCUAUUGAAAUGUUUAAAAGAAUCUAAUAUAUACUAGUAUUAUUACACAGUUUAAAUUAGUCAAACAGAAAAACAUUCACACAUUCAUUUGGAGGCGUUAAUCCAGUGGAAAGGUUUACCUGGUUAUGAGCAAUCAUGGCUCUAUGUGUUUUUUUUUCAAUAAAUCCUAUCGGCUGAUCCAUGUGAGAGACCAGAUUUUACCUGAAGGGGGAGGGGGGAUGGGGGUAUUGAUAGACCCUUGAGAGUAUACAUCAGGAAGAGAGGCAGAGGAGUUGAGAAAAAAAGGCUUAAUAUGAGAUGACGUGGCAGAGGAAUUGGAGGGAAGUGAAGAUAAUUGAUGGUGAGUGGAGAGAAGUAUAAAUAAUGAGAGUCUGUUGUAGAUAAUUUCUCAUGAAAGUUUGUUAGAGAAGAUUGAAGUCGUGAGAGGGUUUGUCUCUGCGAUUCAGUUUACUCAAGGAGAAAGGUCCUUGGGAUUGUAAUUCACUUUUGAUAUUCAAUAAUACAUUGCUUAUUGCUUAUAACAAGUUAACAACCAUACAAAAAUUCGUUUCUUUUUUAACUUUUCUGGACUAACCCCAUUCAGUGAAUGUCCAUCACUUCCACCAUACAGAAGAAGAAAAAUGAUAUCUAAAGAAUAUUAUAUGAAACAUAUUUUUUUAGUAUUUUUCCGAUAUUAAAACUGUAGGACCAUGAUUUAUGUUGAAUAAUUGCAGCAUAUAUUAAUACCAAACAAAACUUAUAAAAGAAAACAAUAAACGAUGCCAUAUUACACGAACCCGUUGUAUGUAUAGAAGCCGAUAGUGAAGCCCAACUUAUGAUCCAUUUAAGAAGCUUUUGUAACUACGUAACUAGGGUUUUAUAAACCACUAUAUAUGUCGUUAAAAUACUUGCUAGUAGGUCUGAGCAUAAAAUCCAUAAUUCGAAAUCCGAACUGAACCCGAACCGAAAAAUCCGAUCCGUACCUGGUCUGAAAUGUAAAAAAUACCCGAAUGGAUCUUGUAAGGUGGUACAAAACAUAUCCGAACCCGAAGUGUUAUUAAUCGAACCCGAACGGGUAACCCGAAAAAAAGAAAAAUAAAAAAAUCCGAAAAGAUAUCCGAAGAAACCGGUCCGAAUGUCCAAACUACUCCCUCCGUUUCAAUAUAGAUGAUGUUUUAGAAGGAUUAUUUUGUUUCAAUUUACAUGAAGUUUUGAGAUUUUAAGGUUAACUUUAACUUUAUUGGAAACUGUUCAACCAAUUAGAUUUUACCGUCUUUUUUAUAAUUGGUUAACUGAUUUUAAAAUUAUAUCUUUA